AUGUCCCGAAACAGAAAGUCGUCGGGGGUCAGAGGCCCCAACUCGGCGUUGACCGAGUUCUUGAAAAAUGAGGGGAUCACAGAAGGGUUCCGGAGAAGGAGAGAGGCACAAGCGUCCGAGAGUCCCCAUCCACAGCAAGAGAGGUCUACGGAGCCGGAAAACGAGGACAUAUCGGAAGAUCCCGAAGAGACAGUCUCGCCAGCAGGAGCAAGAAUCCGCAGAGGUGUUGCCACAGAGUCCGACCAAGAAGAAGAGGCCAUCCGAGCUGCUGGAAGGGCCAAAAGACGCGACGAUUCCGACUUCGAUCCUGAGUUCAGCGAUGACGAUUUGGACGCCAACGGAAUCAAGAAGUUUGGCGAGGAGGACAACUGUGUCACUUGUGGGAAGGUGUUCAAUUUGACGGUGUACUCUCGUUAUCUCAGAGAUCAACGCGGAUAUGUUUGUGAGACGUGUAACGAGACCAUCAAAGCAAAAGAAAGAAAUGCAAAGCGUAACCAAAUGAGUUCGAGAAAGAAAAGAAAGAAGAUCGCGCUGGCAUUGUUGGACAAGCAGGUGGUUCGUAUCCCAAAAUUACAAGAUAUUUGCAUCAAGAAAAUUACCCUGAACAUCGAUGAUGUUGAGGCCUUGGGAGAUAUCGGUCAAGUCAACAUGAAUAAAAUCUCGAAAAUCUUGUCGAAAAACAGAUCUUUAAACAACUCUACAGUGUCGCUAUUCUUGAAUCCAAACUUAAAAUCAUUGGAGUUUUGGGAUUGUUCGAAUGUGGAUUCCGACUCUUUGAACAGAAUUGCAUCUUAUUGUCCUAAUUUAGAGUCUUUGACCUUAUUCAUGUGUGGACAGUUACAUAAUGACAAUCUCAAGUACUAUACGACAAACUUGAAGAGUCUUUCGGAAUUAUCACUCAAUGGUCCUUUCUUGAUUAGUGACACCGUAUGGCAGGAAUACUUUGAACAAAGCGGAUCUCAAUUGACCAAGUUUGAAGUGCGAAACACGCAUAGAUUUCAAAAUGAUUCCUUGAUCAGCUUACUCGAAAAUUCGGGCCGUAACUUGACUUCCUUGAGGUUGUCCAGAUUGGACGGAUUGGACUCAAAGGACGUCUACGACUUGAUACCUCAUUAUCUCGAACCUUCUAAAUUAGAGCAGCUUGAGAUCUCAUACCCUUUCCAGGAGGAUUUGGUGACCGAUGAUUUACUUAUCAAUAUAUUAGCUAUUACUGGUGAAACAAUAACUCAUCUUAAUUUGGAUGGAUGUUCUAACUUGACUGAUCAAUUUAUCACUGAUGGCCUUGCUAAGUUUUGUCCAAAUUUGACCCAUUUAUCUAUGAAAAACUUGGAUCAAAUAACUAAUGAAGCCUUUGCGAGAGCUCUUGAAGAGUAUUCUGCUGUCAAUAGUGGUGGUUUGAUUAGUGUUGAUUUGACUAAGUGUACCGGUCUUGGAGACGAAGCUAUUUACUCACUACUUAAACAUUCUGGACAUACUGUUGUCGAAUUUAGUAUCAAUUCCUUAUCCCUUCUUUCGAAGGACUUCUUGCUGCAACUAUUCACAGAGGAUCACCACCCUUAUAAGAAAGGAUUGAAGGAAAAGCUCGAGAAGCUUGAAAGUAAUGGAACUAACGAAAAUAACGAGGAAAAUGACAAUAAUGAAACCCCAUCCUACUAUCCAAAGUUGAGUUUCCCGUUCUUGACAACAGCUGACUUCGGAUUCGUGAGAUCAGUUGACGAUGAAAUCUUGGAGCUAGUCGGAGAGUCUUGUCCAAAAUUGUCCAUCUUGGAAGUAUAUGGAAACAACAGGUGUACUUUCAGAGCCAACUUCAGAAAGGACCUCAUGGUUAUAGGUCGUCAAGGUGAUGAAGUUUAG